AUAUCGGAAUUACAUGACUGAAAUUAAGAAAAUGAUCGAUAAAACAUCAUGAACAUGUUCUGAAAGUAUAAUUUAAAUCUAGUCACAUGAUUUUGUCGCGGAUGGUGAUGAUCACCCAACAAGUAUAUAAUCUAUAACAUUCAUGACGAAAUACAUUAAAAAUGUCUACAAUCCCGAAUUUUGUUCUUAACAAUGGAGUAAAAAUUCCCGCGCUUGGGCUGGGUACGUACCGACUGAAAAAAUGUGAUGUUGAUAAAGCCGUAAGAAGUGCUGUUGCAUCUGGAUAUAGACUUAUCGAUUCAGCAAUUGGAUAUAAUAAUGAAGAACCGAUUGGAAAAACUAUCAAAAAAUUGAUUGAUGAUACUUCAUUUGGCCUUAAACGAGAAGAUUUUUUUAUUGCGAGCAAACUUCCUCCAAAUGAUCAAGGAUAUGAUUGCUGUCUAAAUGCAUUCUCGUGUUCUUUGAAACGAUGGAAUCUUAAUUAUCUUGAUCUAUUUUUGAUUCACUGGCCCGGGACAUCAAAACUGAAACCGUCAGAUCCAAUGCAUGCGGAAAAUCGUAAAGGAAGUUGGAAAGCUCUAGAAAAAUUAUAUUCAGAAGGAAAAGUUAAAUCUAUUGGAAUAAGCAAUUAUACUCAUCGUCAUAUUACUGAAUUGUUGUCAUAUUGUACUAUAGUACCACAAGUAUUACAAUUCGAAUUGCAUCCGCUCCUAUAUCAAAAAGAUGUAAUUGAUAUAUGUAAAAAAAAUAAUAUUCAAGUACAAGCUUAUUCAAGCGUUGGUCAAGGAAAGUUAAUAAAUGGGGAAAUCAAUAUUCCUAUUUUAAAAGAAAUUGCUGAUAAGCAUGAAGUCACUACAGCACAAGUUUUAUUAAGAUGGGGAUAUCAACAUGAUGCUAUCGUUAUACCCAAGUCUAUCACACCAGAACGAAUAAGCUUAAACGCAAAUAUAUUUCAUUUUGAAUUAACAGAGCAAGAUAUGGAGUCUCUCGAUUCUUUGAGUGAAAAUAGGCAUUUCUGUUGGGAUCCCACAGAUAUAUAUUAGAUCUCCAUAAAAUUGGUUUAUUAUUUAUUAAUAAAUUAUCUUACUACUCUUGCUUUCAAUUUAUAUUCAUUAUCACUAUCAAAAUACUUAUUAUGAAUUCUAUCAAAUAUGAAAUAAAUAUCUUCCGAACUAUUGGAUAAUAUCAACCAUUUUGAUGUAUCACUAAUAGUUGCAGCCCUGAAAUAUCAUCAUCAUUAGCAACAAAUAAGACUUUUGCAAUAUUAUUAUUUAUGUAUAUACAUACUCUCGAGUAACA